UUAUAUAUAAAUAUAUAUAUAUUAAAAAGGGAGAGAAAGAGAGCACGGAUAUUGCACCAGCCUUGAGGUUUGCACUUUUUGCACGAGCCCCAAAAUCCCGCUUUUGCCUUGGCGGACCAUGGAUACGCACACGAGAUGGAAACGGAGGACUUGGAUGCUGGGAUCUGUAGUGCUGUUAUUAGUCUAUGCAGUCGUCCAGAGCAACGCAGCGGAACCUGCUGAUCUCUUGAAGGUAUUAGAUUUCCACAAUUUGCCCGACGGCAUCUCCAAAACAACAGGUUUUUGCACAAGCCGGAGGUCUUCCAAAGGAGCCGAUGUGGCGUACCGAGUCACAAAAGACGCCCAGCUGAGUGCCCCGACCAAACAGCUCUACCCUGCAUCUCCAUUUCCAGAAGAUUUCUCAAUCUUAACCACUGUAAAAGCAAAGAAAGGAAGCCAGUCUUUUCUGCUCUCCAUUUACAAUGAGCAAGGCAUCCAGCAGAUUGGCAUGGAGAUGGGCAGGUCUCCUGUAUUCUUGUAUGAGGACCACACAGGGAAGCCCGGUCCUGAAGAUUACCCUUUGUUCCGGGGCAUCAACCUAUCAGAUGGCAAGUGGCACCGGAUAGCCAUCAGCGUCCACCAGAAGAACGUCACCUUGAUUUUGGAUUGUAAAAAGAAAAUCACCAAGUUCUUGGACCGGAGUGACCAUCCCAUCAUCGAUGUCAAUGGCAUCAUUGUCUUUGGAACAAGGAUCUUGGAUGAAGAAGUCUUUGAGGGUGACAUCCAACAACUCCUCCUUGUGUCAGAUCAUCGGGCGGCCUAUGACUAUUGCGAGCACUACAGCCCCGAUUGUGAUACAGCUGUUCCGGAUUCGCCGCAAUCCCAAGAUCCCAGUCCAGAUGAAUACUACACAGAUGGGGAUGGCAACCUGGAAGCUGAAGGAGAAACCUACUAUUAUGAAUACCCCUACUACGAGGAUACUGACGAUACGGGCAAAGCCAUUCCACCGACUACCCAACCUGUGGAAAUUGAGGAAGUUGCCAGGGAAAGGACUGAAACCACUGAGGAAGUUGCCCCUCCCGCCACACAACCCCCACCAGUUGUGGAGAGCACCUUGGAGGAGAACAAGGAAGAUGAGAAGGUGGACGACCCACUGGUGGAUGAAUAUAACUAUGAACCCCUGCCUGAUGAAUAUUACACUCCACUUCCGUAUGAGGAUCUCAACUAUGAAGACAUUGAUAAUCUGGAUAAAUUUACAGAAGAAGGCGUUGAGGCAGAAGUCCCCACGAGUACUGUCAUCACCUACAAUGAAACUGAUGCUAUAGCAACAAGGAAUGAAGACGAAGAUGUCGACAAAGACUUCACUGUGGAUACCAUCAAAGAGUAUGAAGAUGGCUAUUACGAUGUAGGCGACUACGACAGGACCGACUCACCAGACAUCGGACCAGGCAUGCCUGCAAACCAGGACACCAUUUACGAAGGGAUCGGCGGGCCACGAGGUGAAAAGGGACAGAAAGGGGAGCCAGCGAUCAUUGAACCGGGGAUGCUCAUAGAAGGCCCGUCGGGCCCAGAAGGUCCAGCAGGUCUUCCAGGUCCUCCAGGAACAACCGGGCCAAUGGGCCCAGUCGGAGAUCCUGGAGAAAGGGGUCCUCCUGGACGGGCAGGGCUUCCCGGAGCAGAUGGUUUGCCUGGACCUCCUGGGACCAUGCUUAUGCUUCCAUUCCGGUUCAGUGGAGGAGGUGACGGUGGAUCCAAGGGCCCCAUGGUGUCUGCUCAAGAAUCUCAAGCUCAAGCUAUCCUACAACAAGCUAGACUGGCACUGAGAGGACCAGCUGGCCCAAUGGGACUGACUGGGAGGCCAGGCCCCUUGGGACCCCCAGGUAGUACUGGAAUCAAAGGCGAAUCAGGAGAUAUGGGGCCACAGGGUCCACGAGGCGUCCAAGGCCCUCCAGGUCCAUCAGGAAAACCAGGACGUCGGGGACGUGCCGGCAGCGAUGGUGCCCGAGGGAUGCCAGGCCAGACGGGGCCGAAGGGUGAUCGAGGUUUUGACGGACUGGCCGGACUACCCGGGGAAAAAGGCCAUAGAGGUGAUUCCGGCCCUUCAGGCCCUCCCGGAGCCCCGGGUGAAGACGGGGACAGGGGUGAUGAUGGAGAAGUUGGACCAAGAGGUCUUCCUGGCGAACCCGGCCCACGUGGUUUGCUGGGACCAAAGGGACCUCCUGGCCCAUCAGGACCUCCGGGCAUCGCUGGUAUGGAUGGACAGUCCGGGCCCAAGGGGAAUGUGGGUCCACAAGGUGAGCCUGGCCCACCAGGUCAACAGGGAAAUCCAGGUGCUCAGGGUCUUCCAGGUCCUCAAGGUGCCAUUGGCCCACCAGGAGAUAAGGGUCCUCUAGGAAAACCAGGUCUUCCAGGCAUGCCGGGAGCAGAUGGUCCCCCAGGUCAUCCUGGCAAAGAAGGUCCUUCGGGUGAGAAGGGAAGUCAGGGCCCUGCUGGUCCUCAAGGCCCAAUCGGAUAUCCUGGACCCCGUGGUGUCAAGGGAGCCGACGGGGUCCGCGGCUUGAAAGGAACCAAGGGCGAGAAGGGUGAAGAUGGCUUCCCAGGUUUCAAAGGUGACAUGGGCAUCAAAGGAGAUAGGGGUGAAAUUGGCCCUCCCGGUCCAAGGGGUGAAGAUGGGCCCGAAGGCCCGAAAGGUCGUGGUGGGCCCAAUGGCGAACCUGGCCCAUUGGGUCCUUCAGGAGAAAAGGGUAAACUUGGAGUUCCUGGUUUGCCGGGCUACCCUGGAAGAAUCGGGCCCAAGGGAUCCACUGGAUUUCCAGGGUUUCCGGGAGCCAACGGAGAGAAAGGCACACGGGGAACCCCUGGAAAACCGGGACCAAGAGGGCAACGAGGACCGACGGGUCCCCGAGGAGAACGUGGCCAGAGAGGUAUCACUGGGAAACCAGGACCAAAGGGAAACUCUGGUGGUGACGGCCCGCCGGGUCCACCCGGAGAAAGGGGUCCUCCAGGGACACAAGGUCCGACCGGAUUUCCCGGACCAAAAGGACCUCCAGGCCCACCAGGAAAAGAUGGACUUCCAGGCCAUCCUGGGCAGAGAGGUGAAACGGGUUUCCAAGGGAAGACAGGACCCCCUGGACCUCCUGGAGUUGUGGGUCCUCAGGGUCCUACUGGUGAAACCGGUCCAAUGGGAGAACGUGGCCACCCUGGCCCUCCUGGACCCCCAGGUGAACAAGGACUCCCUGGUCUGGCUGGAAAGGAGGGAACAAAGGGUGAUCCAGGACCUGCUGGUCUUCCUGGGAAAGAUGGCCCAGCUGGUUUGAGAGGCUUCCCUGGAGACCGAGGCCUUCCUGGUCCAAUUGGACCUGUUGGGUUGAAGGGCAAUGAAGGACCACCAGGUCCUCCUGGACCAGCGGGUUCUCCUGGUGAACGAGGUCCUGCCGGAGCUGCUGGUCCAAUUGGUCUACCAGGAAGACCCGGACCUCAAGGCCCACCAGGUCCUGCUGGUGAGAAGGGAGCCCCGGGUGAGAAAGGUCCUCAAGGUCCAGCAGGCCGUGAUGGUAUCCAAGGACCAGUAGGUCUCCCAGGCCCUGCAGGUCCUGUUGGCCCUCCAGGAGAAGAUGGAGACAAGGGUGAAAUUGGUGAACCCGGGCAGAAGGGGAGCAAAGGGGACAAAGGCGAACAGGGUCCGCCAGGUCCUACUGGUCCACAAGGUCAGAUUGGCCAACCAGGCCCAGCAGGAGCCGACGGAGAACCAGGGCCUCGAGGACAACAAGGUCUCUUUGGUCAGAAAGGCGACGAAGGAUCGAGAGGAUUCCCUGGACCUCCAGGUCCAGUCGGACUGCAGGGUUUACCUGGACCUCCUGGUGAGAAGGGAGAAACGGGUGAUGUCGGCCAAAUGGGUCCGCCAGGGCCACCAGGCCCCCGAGGUCCAUCUGGGUCCCCCGGAGCUGAUGGACCACAAGGUCCUCCAGGUGGGAUUGGGAAUCCUGGAGCAGUCGGUGAGAAGGGUGAACCUGGAGAAUCUGGAGAACCUGGUCUACCUGGAGAUGGUGGACCUCCUGGUCCUAAAGGAGAGAGAGGAGAAAAGGGUGAAGCUGGUCCUUCUGGGGCCGCUGGUCCUCCUGGCCCCAAAGGACCUCCAGGUGAUGACGGUCCAAAAGGUAGCCCUGGUCCAGUUGGCUUCCCUGGUGACCCAGGUCCUCCGGGUGAACCUGGUCCAGCUGGUCAAGAUGGUCCACCAGGUGAUAAAGGUGACGAUGGUGAAUCCGGACAGACUGGCUCCCCUGGUCCAACUGGAGAACCUGGUCCUUCCGGCCCGCCAGGGAAGAGAGGCCCACCCGGACCAGCAGGUCCUGAAGGCCGACAAGGAGAAAAAGGUGCCAAGGGUGAAGGUGGCUUGGAAGGUCCUCCUGGGAAGACAGGUCCAGUUGGACCUCAAGGGCCUCCAGGAAAACCAGGUCCAGACGGCCUUCGGGGAAUACCUGGCCCUGUUGGUGAACAAGGACUUCCUGGUGCACCAGGGCCAGAUGGACCUCCAGGCCCGAUGGGCCCACCUGGUUUACCUGGACUGAAAGGAGAUUCGGGUCCAAAGGGAGAAAAGGGACAUCCAGGUCUGAUUGGCCUGAUUGGUCCUCCUGGCGAACAAGGAGAAAAGGGAGACCGAGGCCUACCAGGUCCUCAAGGUGGAUCAGGAGCUAAAGGAGAACAGGGUAUUGCAGGUCCUUCUGGCCCAAUUGGCCCACCUGGUCCACCAGGAUUACCAGGUCCUCCCGGUCCAAAAGGUGCUAAAGGAUCUUCGGGUCCGACAGGUCAAAAGGGUGAAAUGGGCCAUCCUGGACUACCAGGACCUCCGGGACCUCCUGGAGAAGUGAUCCAACCAUUGCCCAUCCAGUCAUCGAAGCGUACCCGAAGAAACAUCGAUGCCAGCCAGUUGGUGGACGAUGCUCCCAACACGGACAACUACAUGGAUUACGCUGAUGGCAUGGAGGAGAUCUUUGGCUCGCUAAACUCUUUGAAACUGGAAAUUGAGCAGAUGAAACAUCCCUUGGGCACCCAACACAACCCGGCUCGUACCUGCAAAGACCUUCAGCUUUGUCAUCCCGACUUCCCAGAUGGUGAAUACUGGGUGGAUCCUAACCAAGGCUGUUCCAGGGAUUCCUUCAAAGUUUACUGUAACUUUACAGCUGGUGGUGAAACUUGCAUUUUCCCUGAUAAGAAAUCAGAAGGAAGUAAACUGGCCCGUUGGCCCAAAGAGCAGCCCGCCACGUGGUAUAGUCAUUUCAAACGGGGCUCCAUGCUCUCCUAUGUCGACUCGGAAGGCAACCCCAUCGGCGUGGUGCAGAUGACCUUCCUGAGGCUCUUGACCGCUUCGGCCCACCAGAACAUUACCUACAACUGCUACCAGUCCGUGGCGUGGCACGACGACGCCUCCGGCAACUACGACAAGGCCAUCCGCUUCCUGGGCUCCAACGAUGAAGAGAUGUCCUACGACAACAACCCUUUCAUCAGGGCGGUGCUUGACGGUUGUGCAGCAAGGAAAGGCUACCAGAAGACCGUUUUAGAGAUCAACACCCCGAAAGUGGAGCAGAUCCCCAUUGUGGACAUCAUGUUCAAUGACUUUGGAGAAGCGUCGCAGAAGUUCGGGUUCGAGGUGGGACCGGCUUGCUUCAUGGGCUAAGGACGGCCCCUCGGGAAACAAAGUCUUCCAAAAUGAGCAACCUCGUAACCUCAUUGUGCCUUCUCGUUAUUUUUUUUAAAAAGAAAAUAAUUGGUCACCGUCACGUGCACGUUUUGAAACUGGACCGUUUUGAUGGGUUUCUCGUCUUCUUUGUUUCUUGGCCUGACUCUGCCUGGGAACAAGCCAAAGCCUCCGACCGAAGAUGGAAACCGUUCCCCAGAGCAGACCGUUUCCCAUCUCAGAAUCACAUGACCUAAAAUUAUAAUCUUAUUUCCAAAAGCCAACCUCUUCCUCUGACGUAUCUUUUCUCUUUCUCUGCAUCUUCUUGGAGACCACUGAAGGCCUCGGCUUCCUGUCUUUGAAUGUAUGGCUCUUCGUCGCCAUCGGAAACACUUUUGGCCGCGAAACGUUGGUCAUUUUCAACACUCGACUUUCCGGAAACACCAUAGGAAAACGCCUGCCCAGCAUGUUCCUAUUUCUUGAAGACUCUCAAGGACAUUUCUAGAUAGGAUUUUACAUCUUCCCUGGGGUUUCGAUCAGAACCCACGCAGAAUACCCUCUAAAAGUGUCAUUCAAAUCAAAGGCUCAGACCCUAAGAGUAGCAACUCAUACCAAAUACACUUUAUGAAAAAAUCUUGCCAGGUUCUGACUGUAUACCCCGUAUGAUAAAGGUGCUUCUAUUUUUGUAUUUUGUAAGUAAAUAUUUGUAUAUUAUUAUAUUAAAUAUAAAGUGUUUCUGGGUUCAAAACAUGCAUGUGUCAUGCCCAUUGCGCCCCAUUGGGAAUUUCGGGAGCCAAUGGUCUCCCAAACCUCCAAAAACAAAAGAAAUGUUCACUGCCUUAUAGGAGACAUAUUUUCCCCAAAAUUUAAUUUCCUCUGGUUUGCAAUCAACUUUACGCCCAAUAUAAUCCUUUGCCCUUGUUGUUCUUGAAGGAAUCAAUGAGUCGUAUUUAACAAUUCGCUCCAAGAAAGUCUGAAAAUUGUAGCUUUCGGAGACUAUUCGCUUUUUUUUCCGUGUCGGGAGCAACUUGAGAAACUGGUGUGAGAGAACUGGCCAUCUGCAAGGAUGUUGCCCAAAGGACGUCUGGAUAUUUCACCAUCCUGUGAGAGGCUUCUCUCACGUCCUCACAUAGGAAGCUAGAGCUGUCAGACGGGAGCUCACCCUGCUCCCCGGAUUCGAACCGCAUCUUUUCGAUCAGCAGUCCUUCUGGCACAAGGAUUUAACUUUUUGCACCAUUGGGGGUGCUGACUAUUUGCUGCUCGAGGUUUAUUCUGUACAAAAUAAGCCAUGUUUCUGUUUUCUGCACACAAAAAAUACAACGCGCGGAUUUUGUACAGACUAUUUGCUGCUCAAGGCUUAUUCUGUACAAAAUUCUGCGCAUUGUGUUUUUCUGUGCAGAAAACAUGGCUUUUUCUGCACAAAAAACAAGAUGUUCUCCGAGGGAUCAACAAGUAAUUUUCACCAGUUAUUACUAGUUGGAGCAAUGGUUUAAUCUAGUGGUUCUCAAUCUGUGGGUCUCCAGAUGUUUUGACCUACAACUCCCGGAAAUUCUAGUUUACCAGUUGAAGUUGAAGGCCAAAACAUCUGGGGACCCACAGGUUGAGAACCACUUGGUUAAACCAUUGGCGGUUCAAAUCCGCGAGAUGGGGUGAGCUCCCAUUUGUCAGCCCUAGUUUUCCAUCUGGAAACAUGAGAGAAGCCACUCGCAGGAUGGUAACAUAUCUGAGCAUCCUCUUGGAAACAUCUUUGAAGACAGACGAUUCUGUAACUCUAGAAACAACUUGGCUCAAUUCGCUUCUGACAUGAUAAAAAAUCCGUUAUUACUCCUAUGAGAAAAGUUUUGAAAACUGUAGUUUGGGAAGACUUUUUUCGGUCCACAUUGUCACCUUCCUUCCGCAGGUCUUUCCAAUCAUCACCAACUUUUUUUUAAAGCUACAAAGCAUUUAAUGAUGUGGAUUGGGGCCAACCCGAAACACGUCUCCAAAGAAAAGAAAAUGCGAGAAUCUCUUUUUAAGGACCAAACUAAUUCCUGGUCCGUUUGAGGGAGGGAGGAUGUUGCUGCGAAAGAGACCAGCAAUGUAUAUUUAGGUGCUUUUUUAAUUUUUGGUCCAUAGCACAGGUUUGAGGUCAGCUCGGUCACUUUUUUUUUCUGCCUUCACUUGAUUCCAUGUACAGGUUAAUAUUUUUUUUCCAAAAAAACAAAUAGCAAAAGAAACGACCUCUUUUUUCAUCCCUCUCCCAACAUCCAUUUCCACUGGAGGAUUGUAUAUGGCAGGGAUGUCCAUUCUAAAUGGAUUCUCUUUUUAAAAUAAUAAAUAAAUAAAUAUAAAUAAAUAAACCUAGGUGCUUAUAUUUUUUAUGAUUCACAGUUCUCUCUGUUGGUGCUAUCUAUCUGAAGGACAACACUGGUGGAUCCCUGUCAUUGACCUGCCUCCGAAAAAAACCCUUUCCCUUUCAAUCCAGUCGAAUGCCUUUUUCAACAUCCUUUAAUCCCUUGGUUUUAUUUUGACUUGCAUGCCAACCUCAUCCUAUUCAGUAUUGUUGACCCACCGCUUCCUCUCGUUGCGUUAUGGUACCGUGAACCGGCCCGUUAAAAAUUGUGCGGUUGUCCGUAUGUGUGUGCGUUUCGAGAGAAGGGAGAGGCGUUUUCCGUUCCAUCCCUUUGUAACCCAUAGAAUAUUUCUGAAUUUAAUAUGACGGUCAUUACGGCAGACUUGUAUUUGGUCGCGAAACAUUUGUGGUGCUAAUUUAUGUGUUUGUUCAAUGUAUUGGAUCAAAGGACCAUUUAAGGUGCAAUGCCAUGGGUCUUUCCCUCGAAGGAAGACUUCCAUUUUAGUCUGUUUUCCCAAAUGGAUAGAAAGGGGAGAGCAAUGUGCAAUCCACGUAUAGCUAGGAUUCAAGGAAGUGUAUACAUUUUUUAGUGGAAAGGCAUCACAACCACUGUGAAUCAGAGCCUUCAUGUGAUGUCCGUUCCCAAUGCUUUCUUGGAGAUAUCUCUCAUCUAUGACAGAAAAGGUUCCAGAUGUUGAGGACCUUUGGUGGUGGUACUUCUACUAGAUCCCACCUGGGUCCUUGGCUUUAUUUCUUGGCUUUUGUUCAUGUCUUGAAUGGCAGUUUUAACGUUGUGUGCCAGGGAAGGCUAGAUAAAACAUUUCCAAAUAGAAAGGAGCACUCAUUAUGGGUUUGCUUGAAGGACAGAGACACCAUCUGUGUUGGAAGUUUCCCUUGUAGUCCAGGGAUGGAAAUACCGCCAAUUGAAAUUGCUCUCCUUUCUUCCAAUAUGGAGAUGUGAACUCCUCUUUAGUGAUAAAGGAACUCCUUUCCUGUCCAGGUUGCUCUCCCAUUCAUAAGUACUUUCCAUGACCCAAGUUGACCCUUAAAAUCCGCUCCAUAUUCCUCCAUGGCAAACAUUCAGGGAACUGUGUUGUCGAAGGAUUUCAUGGUCGUAUUCACUGGGUUGUUGUGAGUUUUCCAGGCUGUAUGGCCAUGUUCCAGAAGCAUUCUCUCCUGACCUUUUGCUCACAUCUAUGGCAGGCAUCCACAGAGGUUGUGAGGUCUGUUGAAUGGUCUGUUGUCCAUUUGCCUGGCAAUCAGCAUCUACUUUGAACCCUAGGAGAUACCUGGCGUUGUUUUUAUGGAUGUCCACCUAGAAUCAUAGAAUCAUAGAGUUGGGAGAGACUUGUAGGAAACUUAUCUAGUUACGAACAGACUAACAACCUCUGAAGAUGUCUACCAUAGAUGUGGAUGGUCUGUUAGGUCUGUAGGAAACUUGCCUGGUUUCCAACAGACUUCACAACCUCUGAAGAUGUCUGCCAUAGAUGUGGAUGGUCUGUUAGGUCUGAUGCAAACUUGCCUGGUUUCCAACAGACUUCACAACCUCUGAAGAUGUCUACCAUAGAUGUGGAUGGUCUGUUAGGUCUGUAGGAAACUUGCCUGGUUUCCAAGAGACCUCACAACCUCUGAAGAUGUCCUCCAUAGAUGUGGAUGGUCUGUUGGGUCUGUAGGAAACGUGCUUGGUUUCCAACAGACUUCACAACCUCUGAAGAUGCCUGCCAUAGAUGUGGAUGGUCUGUUAGGUCCGUUGGAAACUUGUCUGGUUUCCAACAGACCUCACAACCUCUGAAGAUGCCUGCCAUAGAUAUGGAUGGUCUGUUAGGUCUGAUGGAAACUUGCCUGGUUUCCAAUAGACUUCUCAACCUCUGAAGAUGCCCACCAUAGAUGUGGAUGGUCUGUUAGGUCUGAUGGAAACUUACCUGGUUUCCAACAGACUUCACAACCUCUGAAGAUGUCCUCCAUAGAUGUGGAUGGUCUGUUAGGUCUGAUGGAAACUUACCUGGUUUCCAACAGACUUCACAACCUCUGAAGAUGUCCUCCAUAGAUGUGGAUGGUCUGUUGGGUCUGUAGGAAACGUGCCUGGUUUCCAACAAACUUCACAACCUCUGAAGAUGCCUGCCAUAUAUGUGGAUGGUCUGUUAGGUCUGUGAGAAACCUAUCUGGUUUCCAACAGACCUCACAACCUCUGAGGAUGCCUGCCAUAGAUGUGGGUGAAACAUCAGGAGGGAAUACUUCUGGAACAUGGCCAGACAGCCUGGACAACUCCUAGCAACCCAUUCAAGGAAGUUAAUAUGGGACAAGUUCCCUGAUGGUGGAAACAUUAAACUCCAGUGUGAAACCAGCAACGAACUAUAUGGGGAUAGCAUGAAUUGCACUCGUUCUUCUUCCAUUGGUUUCGGGAACUCAGAACAUACCAAAGACUGAACAUUUGCCUCUCUGCGCGAGGAAAACAGCAAUUCAUACCUAUGGAAGGGGAGACGCCAAAGAUACCCUUGCUUAGGUCAUGUGAUUCUUUUCUGGUUAUUUCUUGUUGCUUAUUUUGUUUUCUGUCAAAAACUCAACAAAUCCUACCAAGUGUUGUAAAAGUUGUACUGAAGUGUUAUUUCCGCCUUGUCCCGAUUUUCGCCCUCCUUCUUCUUCUUCCAGACCACUUAGCGACGGUAUAUUGCAAUAAAAAUUACGUAUUGUAUUUGCAGACCUCUCUUUCUGUGUAAUUUUAUCCCCUUUUCCGCCCCUUCUAAUAGGACUUGGAGGAGAGCACAAAGGCAGGAUGGCAACGUUUUAGAGGACUCGUCCUCCCCUCCCCAAUGCACACACGUGCACACAAAUGCAAGUCCCCUCUCCAUCCAUAUUCUCCUUGAAUGUGUUGGUGUCCCUGUGAGAUUUUAUUUUAUUAUUUCUUGGAAGAAGGAAAGAAAAAAGAUUAAACCUGUGUAAUAAAGGCAUAAAUGUAAUAGAUCUUUUUCAAUAAAUCAAGUUUACCUAA